AUGGCUCUAUUUGAGGCUUUAUAUGGAAGGCGAUGUAGAUCACUGAUAGGUUGGUUUGAAGUGGAUGAGGCUACUGUGAUUGGACCUAAUGCUGUGUUCGAGGCCAUGGAGAAAGUUAAGUUGAUUCGGAAAAGUUUGAAGACAUCCCAGAGUCACCAGAAGUCGUAUAAAGAUGUGAGAAGAAGAUUUCUUGAAGUCUUGCAUCGUGUUGGGAAAGCAGCUUAUGAGAUCGAGUUACCUGCAGAGUUGUCAGCUGUUUACCCUGUCUUUAACGUUUGUAUGCUCAAGAAGCACAUUGGUGAUUAUGUUAUGGUUGCUUCAUCAGGAAUCUUUGGUGUUCGGGACAACCUUACGUAUGAUAAGAUUCCGGUUGAGAUCCUAGAUUAUCAAAUGGAAAGGACACGUGUUAUCGCUACAUGA